UUGGGAAGGACUUAGACGUUCUUUUAGGAAUGUGUGGAAACAGCGUCCAUUCCCGGAGGCACCUGUUGCCGCCUCACAAGUGUCAUCAGUUGUGACGACGGAACAAGAAGCAUCACUCCAGCGUGGACCACAUGGAGGAGCACACUGAGGCUAACUCCAGCGGGCAUCACUUUGACGAUGGCCCAGCCAGAAUACAAAGCAGCUUUGUGUUCUCCAGACCGGUUUUUGCCAUUUUAAUGGUGAUGAUGGUGACUUUGGUGGUGGUGACAGUUUUGGGGAACGCACUUGUCAUGUUUGCCUUUAAAAUGGACAAGAGUCUGCGGAGACAAUGUAAUUACUACUUCCUGAAUUUGGCAAUAUCUGACUUUCUUGUGGGAGCGUUCUGUAUCCCGGUCUACAUCCCCUACAUCCUGACUGGAAGGUGGACACUGGGCAGAGGACUGUGUAAGCUGUGGCUGGUCAUGGACUACCUGCUUUGCUCCGCAUCCGUCUUCAGCAUCGUCCUCAUCAGCUAUGACCGCUUCCUGUCAGUCACCAGAGCGGUGAGUUAUCGGGCCAGACAGGGCAUGUCUCAUCUAGCCAUUAUCAAGAUGAUUGCUGUGUGGGCCCUAGCCUUUGUCCUCUACGGCCCCGCCAUCAUCUUCUGGGAGCUAGUGGCGGGCCAAAGCCGGGUGCCAGAGGAUGAGUGCUUCGCAGAGUUCUAUCAUUCCUGGUACUUCCUGCUGUGCGCCUCCAUGCUGGAGUUUUUCUCUCCUUUCAUCUCGGUGGCUUUCUUCAACCUCAGCAUUUAUCUUAACAUACGCCAGAGGAGGCUCCGCUGUCGGGAGGCUCAGCUCAACCUUCAGCUGGCUGAACCCAUGUCCACUCAGGGGGAAGGUAUUCCCUUGUCCCACACUUGGGGGUUGGGGGGGAAGCUGGGUAUGCGAGGCUCCGUACACUCCCCGGCUUCCUCUCCCAAUUUGGGCAAAAUGGAUCUAUCGAGCAGCAGGGUGGCCCAGCCUAACCGUCUGUCCAGAGAUAAGAAAAUUGCAAAAUCCCUGGCCAUCAUUGUAUGUGUGUUUGCCAUCUGCUGGGCACCGUACACCCUACUGAUGAUCAUCCGCGCUGCCUGCAGAGGGCAAUGCAUCCCGCAUCACUGGUAUGAGGUCACCUUCUGGCUCCUGUGGCUCAACUCUGCUAUUAACCCCUUCCUCUACCCACUGUGUCACAGCAGCUUCCGCAGGGCCUUUGCUAGGAUUCUAUGCCCAAAGCAGCGUCGUACAACUUCUCCUCCUUUAUCUGUCCUUCGAGCUGGCCAGUGACCAUCAGAUAUUCCAGUUGAUAGCUAAAAACUACGAAGUAUUAGAACACAUCAUCUCUGUUCUAACAUAAUGCUCUAUAUUGUGCGUGCGUGUGUGUGUGACUGUUAGUAAAUCAAGUAUUUCCAUUCAAAAUAAUGUUUUUCAUACUGAUGCUUUUACACACAAUAAAUGUCUAGAAAAUGAAUGAAUGAACGUUUUUGAUGUCGCAAACUUUUAACUGUAGCUGUAAACUUUUUAGACAAAGUCAUCGUUGAUUGUAUAUUAUAACUGUACUUGCAUAAAGGAUCAAGUUGCUGUCACUGUGACGUUGCCAUUAAGUACAAGUCAAUGGAAAAUACAUACAUGAAGCUAUCAUUGUCAUAAAAUGUAUUUUCCUCUCUUGCCUUUGCCAUUAUUACUCUUAUAAUGGACUAUAAUAUACAGUAUAAACUGAAUGAAUCAUAAAAUACAGAACUGUUGUACUGCAAAAAAAUCCCUAAUGAUAAAAUGCAUAAAAAGAGCAAAACAUGUUUACAAGUGCUGUACCACUCAACUGUGAUAUGAGGGUGUGUGUUCGUACCUGUGCCACUAGAUGUCGCCAUUUAUCUUUGAAGCUCCAACCAUGAGAAAAACUCCACAGCUUCAAAGUUUUCUCGUUGACCCAAAUUGCUCUCUCACUGCAGUGUGUGUGUGUGUUUGAAUUAAUACUUAAAUGCAAAGCAGUAAGUCUCUGCACCAACUUUGUGAGUGAUUUUAGCUCCAGGCAGGCAAUAUACCCUAAUAAUCCUUGGAAAUAAAAGAUUUUACAUGUACUUUUACUGUCGUGUUGUUUACAUAUAACAGUCAUUUAAUGAGUACUGUUAUAGACUUUAAAUGUUAUCUUGGUUGUACAAAGCAAUGGAGAGAAAAAUGAUUGACUAUUGAGUAAAUCUAUUUAUU